UAAAGAAAAUGAGAAAAAAAUAAAUGAGGUCCAAUUGUCCCUUUUAUUUAAUUAGAAACUUGGGAAGGUGCUCAGCUCAUUUUUCUCCUAAUACUCUGACUACACACAUCGACUCAAAUACUCUUUGUUCAAAGGCCAAAAUUCAAAGCAAAAUUAGCACAUGUAUUUUAUGGCUUAACCACUCAAAAGCGUCUGAAAUUUGAUCUUUAACCUGCAAAAUCAGUGGAUUCAUUUAGUACAACUUUGACGCGCUGCGUACAAUAAAUCCUUGUAAUUUAUCCGACCACACGGUGCGUAAGGAAAUUUUAGUGCAUCAAAUUUGUCAUUUUUAUUUUAUUUAAAGCACUAACAAAAUUGAGGCAGUUGAGGGUUGGUUAAUGAAGAAUGUGUUUCUCAACAGCUUUGGCACUUCCAUCUGUUCCCAUUACUACAAAUUCUACCUCUGAUUGGAGGGGAAAAGAUGAAGAUCCAAAUAAGGGUCAAGCAGUGAAACUCUCAUUACCAGCAUAUAAAUGGCGAUUAGUUAUUGCUUAUGACGGAACCAGAUUUUCAGGGUGGCAGUAUCAACAGUCAACGCCUACUGUACAGUGCAUUCUGGAAGAAGCUCUGACUAGAAAAACAAAAAUAAACCGCAAAGAACUUUGUUUAGUUGGUGCAAGUCGGACAGAUGCAGGAGUUCAUGCAUGGGGUCAGGUUGCACACUUCGUUACACCUUUCAACUAUGAAACACUAGACGACGUUCACAAAGCUGUAAAUGGUCUUCUUCCUUCUGACAUCAGAGUUAGAGAAUUUAGCCCGGCAGGGCCUGAGUUUCAUGCUCGUUUCUCUGUCACAAGCAAGAUAUAUAGCUACCAAGUAUAUGACUCCACCAUCAUGGACCCAUUCUUGAGGCACUAUGCUUACCAUAGUACGUAUAAACUCGACGCUGCUGUCAUGAGAGAUGCUGCAAAGCAUUUCGUGGGUAAACAUGACUUUUCUGCCUUUGCCAAUACAUCACGAAAUGACCGGAUUCCAAAUCCAGUGAAGACGAUAUUUCGCUUUGAUGUUGUUGAAAAGGGACCGCUUUUGCGGCUUGAAGUUGAAGGAUCUGGUUUCCUAUAUAGACAAGUUCGGAACAUGGUCGCUUUGUUGCUUCAAGUUGGAAGACAAGCAGUUCCACCAGAUAUUGUUGUUAGGAUUUUGGAGUCUCGUGAUCGGAAGGAACUUGCAAAGUAUACCUUGUUACUUCCACCUCAUGGACUCAGUCUCGAUACGAUCAAGUAUAAUGAAGAACAUCUCAUACUUCCAACCGAUUCCCCUGCUAGUAGUUUUGGUAGGCACCAUAGUAUAAGCAAAUGCAAGGUACAGUAGUGCACUUUCCUUGGAAACAGCCUCUAGCAGAAAUGCAAUGUAAGACUGCGGACAAUACAUCCUUGUGAUGGGGCGCGGAAGCUUUAGUGCACCGGGCUGCCCUUUUUUAGUAGUGCACUUUCCUCCAGAUGAAUGUAGAUUUGCAAAGUAGAGUAUUAUCAUUUGGUGUUUGUAUCUUGGCUUUUGUCUUUGUAUCUGAUUUUGUUGCUUGAAUAGCUUAAUGAAGCUCAUCUUAACAAGUUUCUAUCCCA